UGGGGGGUCAGAUCUAUUUAAAAUAGCUAAACUAACUCGUUUUAGUCCAAAAUAAAGAGGUACAUUUGUUUAAUUGGUACUUUUACAUAUGAACAACUAGUGUAAGACUGGAACAGCUGAUGCCUAGCUCCCUUUCUUUGCAAAGUUCAAAUAUCUGACUAAGUAAAUUAACCUCCUACAAACUUCCUUAGUGUUGGGUAAAUAGCUGAAAUGAAAUGCAAUCUAUAAAGCAAUAAAAGUGUCCAAUAUGUUGACCGGUUCGUGCCUUUGUACUAACAAAGGUCCAGCAAAAAACUGUAUUUAGAGCUUGUAGGGAUCAGUUCUCCAAGUUUUGUUCCAAUUGAAGUAGUUAAUAAAAUAAUGCAUGGCAGGAAACACAGACUAACUAAGACAGUGCCCCGGUCGAGGUGUGCUUUUUCGCCCAUGCACUCUUCCUGCGCUCUGUCCGUCAGCUGUGAGCUGCCCUCGCUCCCGAGCCGCGAGUGAAGUCCAGCUUUCCGGCCCUGCCGCCAGCGUCUGUGAUGGAACUGAUGUUUGCUGAGUGGGAAGAUGGAGAGAGGUUCUCUUUUGAGGACUCGGACCGUUUCGAGGAGGACUCUCUGUGCUCCUUCAUCUCGGAGGCUGAGAGUCUGUGUCAGAAUUGGAGAGGAUGGAGAAAGCAGUCAGCCGGUCCGAAUUCACCCACUGUUAAGAUUAAAGAUGGACAGGUCAUCCCCUUGGUGGAACUGUCAGCCAAGCAAGUGGCAUUCCAUAUCCCGUUUGAGGUGGUGGAGAAAGUCUAUCCUCCGGUUCCCGAGCAGCUUCAGCUUCGCAUAGCCUACUGGAGCUUUCCUGAAAAUGAGGAGGACAUCAGGUUGUACUCCUGCUUGGCGAACGGCAGUCCUGAUGAGUUUCAGCGUGGUGAGCAGCUCUAUCGAAUGAGAGCUGUAAAAGACCCCCUACAGAUAGGUUUUCAUCUCAGUGCCACGGUCCUCUCGCCCCAGGCCGGCCAGUCGAAGGGGGCCUACAAUGUGGCGGUCAUGUUCGACCGUUGCCGCAUCACUUCCUGCAGCUGUACUUGCGGAGCCGGGGCCAAAUGGUGUGCACACGUGGUGGCGCUCUGCCUCUUCAGGAUUCACAACGCGUCCGCUGUUUGUUUGCGAGCCCCCGUGUCCGAGUCUCUGUCCAGGCUACAGAGGGACCAGUUGCAGAAGUUUGCACAGUAUCUCAUUAGCGAGCUUCCACAACAAAUUUUGCCCACAGCUCAGCGCCUAUUAGAUGAGCUUCUUUCCUCACAGUCCACGGCUAUUAACACAGUGUGUGGAGCUCCAGACCCUACUGCUGGACCUUCAGCGUCAGACCAAAGCACGUGGUACCUGGAUGAGUCCACUCUUAGUGACAACAUCAAGAAGACCCUGCACAAGUUCUGUGGACCCUCCCCUGUAGUCUUUAGCGAUGUGAACUCCAUGUAUCUGUCGUCCACCGAGCCUCCCGCUGCAGCAGAAUGGGCCUGCCUGCUGAGGCCACUGAGGGGCAGAGAGCCAGAGGGCAUCUGGAACCUUCUGUCUAUUGUGAGGGAAAUGUUCAAGAGGAGAGACAGCAAUGCUGCACCGCUGCUGGAGAUCCUGACGGAGCAGUGCCUCACCUACGAACAAAUCAUCGGUUGGUGGUACAGCGUGCGGACGUCUGCCUCUCACAGCAGCGCCAGUGGGCAUACAGGUCGCAGUAAUGGACAGACGGAGGUGGCAGCUCACGCCUGUGCCAGCAUGUGCGACGAAAUGGUGGUGCUGUGGAGGCUGGCUGUGCUCGACCCCACUAUGAGCCCUCAGAGACGCUUGGAGCUGGCGGCCCAGCUCAAGCAGUGGCACCUUAAAGUGAUCGAGAUCGUAAAGCGUGGGCAGCAUCGCAAGUCGCUGGACAAGCUCUUCCAAGGUUUCAAACCUGCCGUCGAGUCCUGCUACUUCAACUGGGAAGUGGCGUACCCCCUGCCCGGCAUUACGUACUGCAGCGCAGAAAAGAAGAGUGCCACGUUCAGCUGGACCCGCACGGCACAGCUGCAGAAGGGGGCCAAAGCAGGGACUAGCGCAGAAGCUUUGGAACCCGGGGGAGGCGCUGGACGAGGUGGGGGGUCGGAACCGGGAGCGUCCGAACUGAAAUCACGAAGCGGCUCUCAGCCAGCGCAGCAAGAGGUGGCCGUACGACCCAAAGAAACCAUCGCGAGCAAGAGAAAAGGCUCAGGGGUCAACGCAGCAGGGAUGGCGGUGCGUUUAGGUGGGGGAAUGUCUAUAUCCAUAGACGAGGGUGCCAAGGGAACGUACAAAUCUAGCGGCUCCUCCUCUACUAGCGGCAAACCCAAGCUAACGCAGAGCAGCAAGGGCUCGUGUGGAGGUUCGAACGCCGGGGGAGGAAAGCAUCCGAGCGCUAAACGCCGCACCAGCAGCGAGGACAGUUCUCUGGAGCCGGACAUGGCUGAGCUAAGCCUGGACGAUGGUUCCAGCCUGGCGUUGGGCGCGGAGGCCAGCAACACCUUCGACUUCCUGCCUCCUCCGCCAGAAAUGCUGCCCUCGCCCAGCUCCCUGCUCAGAGAGCCGCGGAAAUACAGCGGCGGGACCACUAAGGAGCGCUCGUUCGAGAGCAAUCGUGGCAUCCAUGCGGCACUGCCACUGGCAGCUGAGCCCCCUCUUUGCUUCCCUAAAGAUAACCCGAUACCCGUGAUGGCAGCAGGAGCGGAGAAGGAGAUGGAAGUGGAAGCUGAGCUAGAAGAAAACAUAGGAGAUGAAGAUCCUGUAGAGGACGCUUUGCCCUCCAUGUCGGCCAAGGCUUCUCGAGGCAAUAGAGACGGAGAAGGAGGCAGCAUGGCGGCGAAUCCUGGGCCCCAGAUUCCAGAGGGAGUGGCAGCUAGCGAUGACCCGGUGGGAGAGGACGAUUACCAGGCGUACUAUCUCAGCGCGGCGUCCGAGGAGGGAGCCGAGAGGGGAAUGCCAGACAGCAACCUCGAGGAAGAGCCGGACAUCUUCGCCGGGAUCAAACCUCUGGAGCAGGAAGGCCAGAUGGAGGUGCUGUUUGCCUGUGCAGAGGCCCUGUACGCUCACGGCUACAGUAACGAAGCGUGCCGUCUGGCCCUGGAGCUCGCCAGAGAUCUCCUGGCCAACCCUCCUGACCUGAAAGUGGAGCAGCCACAGACCAAGGGUAAGAAGAGUAAAGUGUCGACCAGCAAACAGACGCAGGUGGCCACCAAGACCCUCUCGAAGACGGCCUUCCUGCUCACGGUGCUGAGCGAGAGACAGGAGUUCCACAACUUGGCCUUCAGUACCGGCAUGUUCUCCUUGGAGCUUCAGAGACCUCCGGCUUCCACCAAGGCCCUGGAGGUGAAACUGGCAUAUCAAGAGUCCGAAGUGGUUGCAUUGCUGAAGAAGAUUCCUCUGGGCCUGGUGGAGAUGACCGCCAUAAGGGACAGAGCAGAGCAGCUACGUGACGGAAACUUCUGUGAUUAUCGUCCGGUCCUUCCCCUCAUGCUGGCCAGUUUUAUAUUCGAUGUUUUAUGCACCCCCGUGGUUUCUCCCACGGGUUCUCGUCCACCCAGUCGUAACCGUAACAAUGAGAUGCCAGGCGACGAGGAGCUGGGCUUCGAGGCUGCUGUCGCUGCUCUAGGUAUGAAGACUACAGUCAGUGAAGCAGAGCACCCUCUGCUGUGUGAGGGCACCAGAAGAGAAAAAGGAGACCUGGCACUGGCUCUUAUGAUCACCUACAAGGAUGACCAAAGCAAGCUCAAAAAGAUUUUAGACAAACUUCUCGAUCGUGAAAGUCAGACCCAUAAACCCCAGACCCUGAGUUCCUUCUACUCCAGCAAACCAGCUACAGGCAGCCAGAAGAGCCCGUCCAAGCAUGCAGCCCAUGGCGGUGGGGCCACAGGGGGCGUAUCGAAACAUGCAGCGCCCACGGCGGCAGCGGGCUCCGCUUCUGUGCAGGGCGUGGCGGGGGCAUCCGGGCAGCAGGGCGGGAUGACGGGCACCGGAGUUCAUGGCACAGCUUCGGGAGAGGCAGUCGGCGAGGGCAAAGAGCAAGAUAAAACUCAACCGUCCUCGUGUGAGCAGCAGAAUGAGGUUUCUUCUUUUAAGUCUGAGGGAACGGUGCCCAGCCGGCUGGCGCUCGGUGGUCGUGGCGGCUAUGGACCGCGCUGUUGGGGAUCGCCUGUACGGCAGAAAAAGAAGCACACGGGCAUGGCGAGCAUUGACAGUAGCGCUCCAGAGACCACCUCGGACAGCUCUCCGACGCUCAGUCGACGGCCCCUGAGAGGUGGCUGGGCGGCGUCUUCCUGGGGCAGGGGGCAAGACAGCGACAGCAUCAGCAGCUCUUCUUCCGACUCUCUUGGUUCCUCUUCGUCCAGUGGCUCACGCAGAGCUGGGGGAGGAGCCAGGGCCAAGAGCACGGACACGAGCAGGUAUAAAGGGCGUCGGCCUGAAUGCCACGUCCCACACGUGCCCAAUCAGCCAUCGGAGGCGGCCGCUCACUUCUACUUCGAACUGGCCAAGACCGUGCUGGUAAAGGCCGGAGGAAACAGCUCGACCUCUAUCUUCACUCAGCCAUCUGCCAGUGGGGGCCACCAGGGGCCCCACCGGAACCUGCACCUGUGUGCCUUCGAGAUCGGCCUGUAUGCUUUGGGCCUGCAUAACUUUGUGUCCCCUAACUGGCUGUCCAGGACGUACUCCUCUCACGUGUCCUGGAUUACAGGACAAGCCAUGGAGAUCGGCAGUGCUGCUUUAAACAUCCUCGUGGAGUGUUGGGAUGGACAUCUCACCCCUCCUGAGGUGGCUUCACUGGCAGAUCGGGCGUCACGGGCGCGGGACCCCAACAUGGUACGGGCUGCAGCGGAGCUUGCACUGAGCUGCCUACCUCAUGCCCAUGCCCUCAACCCCAACGAGAUUCAGAGGGCGUUAGUGCAGUGCAAAGAGCAGGAUAACAUGAUGCUGGAGAAGGCAUGCAUGGCAGUAGAGGAGGCAGCCAAGGGAGGAGGCGUGUAUCCCGAGGUUCUGUUCGAGGUGGCCCAUCAGUGGUACUGGCUGUACGAGCAGACGAUAGGCGGGGUCUCCACCGGACAGAGGGAAGGGCCGACCAGGUGUGGGGCGAACGGCGGAGCAGGUCGCCGGCCUCCGGAGAUGAACUGUGGCAUCAUGGACAGCUCCGGGGCCAUAGACUCGGCCGGCGUAGCGGCGCUCACGGCGUCCGUCAGCGCGACCGCCGUGGUGCCCGUCAUAUCGGUGGGCUCCACCCUCUACCAGUCACAUACGAUCCCGGGCACGGCCAUAGCGCACACACAGGGCCUGCACCCCUACACCACCAUCCAGGCUCAUCUGCCCACGGUCUGCACCCAGCAGUACCUGGGGCAUCAGCUUCAGCACAUCCCCCGGCCUGCUGUCUUCCCCAUAGCAGGGACUGCGUAUCCGCAAGGAAUGCACCCAGCUUUUAUCGGGGCACAGUACCCGUUCUCUGUAGCCACCGGCCCUCAUCCCCCCAUGGCAGCGACGGCUGUCACCUUCCCUGGAGUUCCCGUACCGGCCAUGACUCAGAUCGCCGUUCACCCCUACCACACGGCCGAGGCGGCGUUACCCCUCAGCACUACUGUGGCAGUGGCCGGAAUUCAUUCAGGCUCCACCAUCCAGGCUAUUCAGAGUGCGUCUCUUCCCGGCCUCUCGUCUCAGCCGCCUUCGUUGGUCAGCGUGUCGUUCCCGGUGGAGGACGAGCAGCACAGUCACCCUGUUAGCCAGCAGGGCCUGCACUACCUGCACUCAGCCUACAGAGUUGGUAUGCUGGCCCUGGAGAUGCUGGGCAGAAGGGCUCACAAUGACCAUCCAAACAACUUCUCCCGCAACCCCCCGUACACGGAGGACGUGAAAUGGCUGCUCAGCCUUGCUGCACGACUCGGUGUGAACUACGUGUAUCAGUUCUGCGUGGGUGCUGCGAAAGGUGUGUUGAGUCCAUUCGUCCUGCAGGAGAUCAUCAUGGAAGCUCUGCAGAGACUAAACCCCGCCCACAUCCACGCUCACCUCCGCACCCCCGCCUUCCAUCAGCUCGUGCAGCGCUGCCAACAGGCUUACCUACAGUACAUCAACUACCGGCUGAUCCACCUGACGCCGGCGGACUACGACGACUUCGUUAACAUCAUCCGAAGCGCACGCGGGGCGUUCUGUCUCACCCCCGUGGGCAUGAUGCAGUUCAACGACGUCCUACAGACCCUAAAGAGAGGGAAGCAGACCAAGGAGCUGUGGCAGCGGAUCUCGCUGGAGAUGGCGACGUUUUCGCCCUGAGCGCUGCACUCGCCAGCGGGUAACUACUGAACCGCCUCUGGACCUCUCUGGGUCUGGGUCUCCCACAGAGUCCCCUGCAGAGCCACUUUCUGUCCACACUCAUACCCGGCAGCACAAUCGGUCCUCCUGUCGGCCCUGUAAACGCUCCAGGAUCCGUCGCCUCGCUCGCCGAGCCGCCGAGGAACGGGAGCAGUUCACGUCAAAAUGAUUUUUUUCCCUUUAAUAUGGAUCGAGCUCUCCGUCUUGUCUGAUUUCUGUGAGGCGUUAAGUAACUUGACUGGUGUUUUUAUCUUUAAAUAUGUCGGGGGGGUUUUUCUGUACCUUGUUGAUCCUCCGUGUUAAGUUUGCUUAGUUGUAUGGUAAUUAAAAUGGUGUUUUUUUUUCCACCUUUGUUUUAUCGAUGUUUGAAAUAGAAUGAAAACUAAAUGUCAGACUCAUACUGCAACAUUCCUCUGCCGUGAAGGAGUGAGCUUCCACCAGUCCUGAAGGAUCACCCUGCUGGACGCUCACACGGUGUAUCAUCGAGGGAAGAAAGAACUGCGUUCGAAUUAAACAGAACAUUUAAUAGAAGACGUUAAUCGAGUACGGGUGAGGGAAGUUUCGUUUCGUUCUGUUCUUUUUCUUUUUUUCUUCUUUAUUUUUUGAUAUUUUGUAUAGUACGGUGUGUGUGUGUGUGUGCGCGCGCGCACGCGCGCUGAGAAAUGUCACCAGACUGCUACGCGAGUUCCCUUUUUUCAUCCAGCUGUGUGUAGCGAGGACUUGAGUUUGUGGAACACAGAGGUCUGGCUGGACCAGAUUUUUUUUUUAUCGCUCGUAAGUCGACCGACAACAUGCCCGGUUUGUUGAUGUUUUUCUUAAGUUUAAGGACGCCUGGGUUUUUGUUAUCUGAAUACACACAGGAAACGGAGCUGUCCUUUCAUCUCGGAUGUCGUUAGCCUUUCGUGUUUUUAUCUGAGAUAAAACAGCUCUCGAGAUUUGACCAGGCGAGUGGUCCGUUAAAGUCAUUUCCAGCUUCCUGUGUUCCAUCCUCAAGUCCAGCGCUAUAUCUCCGGGAAACUCGCUAGUACUGAAUGCCUGUGUAGAAAAUGUACUGUGAUAUUUUUGUAUUCUUCAAAGUGUAGCUUGGUUGGAAAAAGAUAUAAAUAUAAAUCUAUAUGAAUAUAUAAACUGUGCUGAUUGCAAGAAGUUGUAAUCUAGACUAAAAAGGAAAAAAAAUGAACAGAUGAAAAAAAAGCAAUAUUGAAAAUGUAGAGUUUACUUAAUAAAGAUAACUCAAAACACUA